GUGUGGCAACAUCGUUCCGUGUUGUUAGUUUUGUCGUGUUCCGCGGAGCAAUUCGUAGCAACUGACACGAUAUUUUGAUAAUAUUUCGCGAUUUUCGAGUGUUUGGGGACUGUGACAGUCACUUUAUCGAGUCGUAUUGUUCGUACGUGAUUUUUUUGUCAAGUUAAUCAGUGAAUUUGUUUGUUUAUGUUGUUUGUUUAUGUUCAGAGGCGGAAGGUGCGUGAUUCAGUGUGAAAAACGUGAGUUCUUAUAGGUUUGGAGGGCUUUUUUUCAAUCAGUUUUCCACGGACUGGCGAACGAGUCUUCUACGGCUGCAUCAACCGGCUUUCGAGUGCGGAGACUGUCAUCAACUGGUUUUUUGUGGUGUGUCAUAUCGCGCUGGGAAUCGAUGAUUCUGUCGGUGAUAGAUGACAAUUGCCUGGAUUCAUGCUGGUGGACCUCGUUCGCAGUCAACUUGAGGGACGAGGAUACAUUGGAGGCCGUUAUUGAGGGUCUGUUGGAGUCUGCCAGGGAGUGCUGAAUCGAAAACUCAGGGUGAAGCUCGUCUGCCGAUCGACCUGUGCCAACAAGAAGUAAAAAAGUCAUCCUUAAGAAGUAAAGCGCACCAACAAGGCUGAUUAUUCUCUCCCUCAUGGAUAUUCAGAGACUGGCACGUGCAUAACGGACUCCGCGGAUCUAGUGCAUCGGUGCAUUUUUAACCGUACCCCAGCUAUCAACUAUGCGGUGACACCGCGAGCUACAUAUCACAACGCGUCACUACCCGAAGUUACAACUCCAUAUCAUCCAAUCCAAUUAGAAAGUGUCAUCUGCUUGAUGUCGAGACAUCAGCAUCUGCGAUAGUUGCCGCAGCCAAUCAACUCACACAAGCCAUGAUCGUCAAGUCCACCCACUGAAAGAACUCGCAAAACUCCGAGACCCCGAUCAAUACGACCAACUGACUGAGGGACAAUUUACCAUCGCUCCUUCAACUCAUUCGUCCCUGGGACGAGGGUCGAGGUGUGCCAGUACCGCUUGGUCAAAAUGUUGCUGAGGUAACGGUAGCCGACCGUUCGGAAAAUUUUUCGCUGGCAUCGAUCCGCCAGGAGGUGGAGGAAACUAACAACCUGAACUGUACCACAAGCCGGAGGGGAGAAAGAAAGUUGAAGCCAUUUCAGGGAACGCAGUUCCGAAAAAAGCUCGGUGAUUUGGUCUUAACUCAAGAAGAAACUCGUUAGUCCGGGGGGGUAACAUCAUGGCAGCGUUUCCCCGUAGACGAUCGCUGUGGCUGAAAGUCGCUGUAUUGGGAGCUGCUGUCUGGCUGACCGUAUGUUUUCUUCUUUACACUGAGGAUCGUAAUGCUGCGGACGUGUUGGCGCCAUCAGGUGUUGCAGCACCACAAAUUGCCAACGAAUUUGUACCGCUACCAGUACCAGUGAAACGAGAAAGUCCCGGUAAUCCACCGAGUAAGUCGGAGGUGAAUCAGCAAGCGGGACCCGAACAAGGUGGUGGGGUAUUAGCUGCACCGAAGGAACAAGAUCCUGGGGCAAUGGGGAAACCUGUUUAUUUGCCGACUAAUAUGUCGGCUGAGGUGAAGAAACUGGUUGACUACGGAUGGAUGAAUAAUGCUUUCAAUCAGUACGUCAGUGAUCUUAUUUCCGUUCAUCGGACGCUACCGGAUCCUCGUGAUGCGUGGUGUAAAGAGCCCGGCAGAUACCUGGAUAACCUGCCGCCCACAGCCGUGAUAAUCUGCUUCCACAACGAGGCCUGGUCGGUGCUCCUGAGGACGGUUCACUCAGUCCUGGACCGGUCGCCCGAGCACCUCAUCCAGGAGAUCAUCCUGGUCGAUGAUUACUCCGACAUGCCUCAUUUGAAGCGUCAGUUACUGGACUACAUGAUGAACUACCCAAAAGUCCGGAUAAUAAGAGCAGCCAAACGAGAGGGUUUGAUUCGUGCUCGACUCCUGGGUGCAGCAGCUGCAAAAGCUCCAGUACUGACUUACUUGGACAGUCACUGUGAGUGCACCGAGGGCUGGCUAGAGCCACUGCUCGACAGAAUAGCCCGUGACUCCACCACAGUUGUUUGUCCCGUCAUCGAUGUCAUCGACGAUACCACUCUUGAGUACAACUUUCGGGACUCCGGUGGCGUCAACGUCGGUGGCUUCGAUUGGAAUCUCCAGUUUAACUGGCACGCAGUACCAGAACGUGAAAAAAAACGUCACAAAAACUCUGCUGAGCCGGUCUGGUCGCCGACAAUGGCGGGCGGUUUAUUCUCAAUUGAUCGAAAGUUCUUCGAGCGUCUUGGAACUUAUGACAGCGGUUUUGACAUUUGGGGCGGCGAGAAUCUUGAAUUGUCAUUCAAGACGUGGAUGUGCGGUGGUACUCUGGAGAUAGUUCCGUGCUCGCACGUGGGUCACAUCUUUAGAAAACGCUCACCCUACAAGUGGCGAACCGGCGUAAACGUGCUCAAGAGGAAUAGCAUAAGGCUGAGCGAGGUGUGGCUGGACGAGUACGCCAAGUACUACUACCAGCGAAUAGGUCACGACAAGGGAGAUUACGGAGAUGUGUCGGAACGGCAGGCGUUGAGGAAACAACUGGGAUGCAAAUCCUUCAAAUGGUACCUCGACAAUGUUUAUCCCGAGCUCUUCAUUCCCGGCGAGGCGGUGGCUUCUGGCGAGGUACGUAACCUCGGGGAGGGCGGAAACACCUGUCUGGAUUCGCCUGCUCGCAAGAAUGACUUGCAUAAACCGGCUGGCCUUUAUCCCUGCCAUCGACAGGGCGGCAAUCAGUACUGGAUGCUGAGCAAUACUGGGGAGAUACGGAGAGACGAGUCGUGCCUGGAUUAUAGUGGAACGGACGUUAUUCUUUAUCCGUGCCAUGGCAGCAAGGGGAAUCAGCAAUGGAAUUAUAAUCCGCAGACAAAACAAAUAAGACACGGCAGCAGUGACAAAUGCCUCUCCAUAACGGAAAGUAAACAACGUCUACUGAUGGAGGAAUGUUCAAACUCAUCGCAGCGUCAGAAAUGGUCGUUCGAGAACUACGAUCCCUCAAAAAUGUGAUAUCACCUGUCGCAGUGGCACCAAUCCACGUACAAUCGCCGCCCGUCCGACGCAAGGUCGAGAAUCACCUACCACCGAUACGCAGGCGCGAGGAUUCACGUGGAUUGAAUCACCCCCAAAGCAGUCAAACAAUUAAAAAAAAAUUUAUGACAAGUAUUUUCUCAGUGACGACGGAACAAUCGCAUUGUUCCACUUGAACGAACGAAAAUAACAUUUCACUGCUUGCCAGGAGAUGGAAAUUCUCCAGCACAGAAUCAAGUACUCCAUCAAUUCCAAGACUGUGGAUAUAAUCCCAAGAUCUACCCAUGAACCAAGACUCAAUGUCAAAUCCAUGAGAAACAUUCCAAUUUAUUCAUGGAUUGAAUAAAUUCUGACUCAUGACUUUUGUUUCUCGAGAGUUCAGAGUACUUCAUAUCUAUCCAAUGCUCAUCGGAGUAACGCACAUAUUGAAUACGAAUAAAUAUAUAAUGUAUAUAUUCCAACCGAUACAUUAUCGGUGCAACAGAGCCCUAUAUUAGAUAUUAAAUGAUAGUCUUCUCGAAUUGAUAGUCUGAAAGGUUUUACAGUUGACUAGUAAUUUGCAGGAGAGUUAUGUUGAAUUCAGAGUUACAUUGAAUUUUCAAUCAAAGCAUGGAUAAUCAGCAAGAAAUUACGUUUAAAUUUUAAAUAAAGAAAAAUUGAAGAGUGUACUCAUUCGAACUUUCUUGAUUUAUUUUAAUUUUCGUGGGAUAAUUGGGCUGUUUACAAGUUUAAAAUUUAUAGUUGCCAUUGUGUUUAUGGAAAAAUUCAAAUUUUGUCGGAUGAGUUGAAUUUCUCCUUCGAGUCUAUAAUUUUUCUUAUGACUUUGGACAGUUGUUCCUUUUUGAAGCAUGUUCAUCGUUAAAUUUUUAUUUAAUUUAUCCAAAUUCUCAAGAGAGUCACAUUGCAUUCAGUUUAGAGGAAGGAAAAUGAUUAAAUUUAAAAUUUUACUGAAAAUUUAAUAGAAUUCUAACCUUUUGAGCAGCAGAAAGACG